AGUGUGGAUCUGCCACCGAACAAUACGAAUCGACGAGUUACCCCUAUAGAUGGCUAUGAACGUGUCAUGUUAGAGCUUAACGCAUCUGGUGAUGUACUGAUGGUCGAUGAGAACAAUUUCGAGAGUUUUCUCCAAUUGACCAUCCGCUCUGCGUUGAGUCAGAUUGCUCACGCCGACCAGGACCGGAAUUCCCAAAAUGCUCGCGGAAUUUCUCCACAUGCGUUUUCUAUCGGACAAUCAAUGCAGCUUCCUGGAGGUGGGGAACUUAUUCAAGUUUCUACGCCUCUCCUUGUCCAAGCAGAAAUUCAAGAGCACCAUCCUGAAGGGCAGCAGGAGAACGCUGUGCCUAACGCUUCAGUAGAAACCAAUAUCGAAAAUGGUUCCUCGGAUGUCCAUAAUAGGGAGCACAGGGAGCAUCACCACGAAUAUGCACCUCACGAUAGAGAUGAAACGAAUAUCGUAAACGAAGUCGCAAGUGGAAUGACAGCCGGUUUGGAAACAAGAGUAUCUACUAUUAUGGAGGUGUCUCGUGCUCCUGCAGCGAUGCUCAGGCCUGGAAAUGGCGCAGGACUUUUGGCUCAUCUUGAGGCAUUGCUAUUGAACUUCGUUACAUUGGGGGAUCUUGCGGGUAUUGUCAAUGGACAUAUGUCUCCUUUGGAACGCCAUCGGCCACAUUUUCGAGCACACAUCAUAGAGAAUCAGUUGAAUGGGAACUCGAUCCCCUCAGCCGAAGGACACACUCAUGUAGACUUACCUCCAUCGUCCAGAUCUCGUGUCAAAAACGAGUUUAUAGAUCUACUUUCCGCAUCGGAGCGCUUAGCCGUUCUUACUGCCUCAGUCUCUUCUGUUAUAUGCGCUGCCGGAGGAAUGUUAGAACGUGAUUGGAAUGGAAGACAGCUGGACAUACCGGAAACCGUACGAAAUGUGGAAAUUGCCACGAUUCAACUGCUGUUACGGGCCAUUUUGGAUCGGAACAGUGAGCGAAUUUUUAUUUAA